GUGCAUAGUCAUAUUUGCUCUUUGGGAAGAGGACAAACAGCUUGUGACAGCAGGAAUCCAAAUAGGCCUCCAGUGGUGAGGCAGGGAGAGACAGGACAGGACAGACCAGACAAACUGCUAAAAGCACCUUCUAAGCUGACUUCCAGUUCUUGGCAAAACCAUCCCUGCCAUUCGAGAGGGAAACUUAAAUCAUGAAGCUAAUUACUCUCCUGUUCCUCUGCUCCAGGCUGGUAACGGGUUUAACACAGGAAGGAGCCUCCCAGGAAAUUGACUGCAAUGAUGAGGAUGUAUUUCAGGCUGUGGAUGUGGCUCUGAAGAAGUAUAAUGCCAGGAACCAAAGUGGAAACCAGUUCAUGUUAUACCGAGUGACUGAGGGCACUAAAAUGGUUGGCGCUGAGACAUUUUAUUCCUUCAAGUAUCAAAUCAAGGAGGGCAAUUGUUCUGUCCAAAGUGGCCUCACCUGGCAGGACUGCGGCUUCAAGGAUGCUGAAGAAGCUGCCACUGGAGAAUGUACAGCAACUGUGGGGAAGAGGGGACCUAAGAAAUUCUCCGUAGCUACCCAGACAUGCAAGAUUACUCCAGGUAAUGGGCCCAUAGUGACAGAUGAGUAUACCUGUUUGGGUUGUGUACAUCCCAUAUCGACGGAUAACCCUGAACUGCAGCCUAUUCUGAAACACGCCAUUGAGCAUUUCAACAACAAAACCAAUCAUUCCCACCUCUUUGCUCUCGAAGAAGUAAAAACAGCCCAGAGACAGGUGGUAGCAGGACUGAACUUUGAAAUCACCUACUCAAUUGUGCAAACUAACUGUUCAAAGAAGCAUUUUCUACUCUUAACUCCAGAGUGCAAAUCCCUUCCAGACGGUGAUGUCGGUGAGUGUAGACAUAAUGCCUAUGUGGAUAUCAAGCAAAGAAUCGCUGACUUCUCCCAGAACUGUGACCUUUACCCAGGAGAGGAUUUGGUACAACCACUUCCUGAGGAUUGCCCUGGAUGCCCCAGGAAAAUUCCUGUAGACAGCCCAGAGGUGACAGAGGCACUUGGUCAUGCCAUCAGAAAACUCAACACACAGAAUAGCCAUUCUUUCUAUUUCAAGAUUGACACCGUGAAAAAAGCGACAUCACAGGUGGUGGCUGGAAUGAAAUAUUUUAUCGAGUUCAUAGCCAGAGAAACUGAAUGUUCCAAGGAGAGCAAUGCAGAACUGACAGAAAACUGUGAAGUCAAACCCGUUGGCCAAAGUCUCAACUGCAACGCUAACGUGUACAUGAGACCUUGGGAGAACAAAGUCGAACCGACUGUCAACUGCCGAGCAUUAGAAAUGAUUACAAUGAUGAGAAGGCCUCCAGGUUUUUCACCUUUCCGGUCAGUCCAAGUUCAAGAAACAAAAGAAGGAACAACUGUAAGUCCACCCUACACUUCCAUGGCACAAGAAGAGCAGGAUCCAGAAAGUGAAGGAAGACCCACUCAUGGGCAUGACAAACAAAUGAGGCAUAAGGUUGACCAUGGUCAUAAGCAUGGGCAUCACCAAGGCCACUGGCCCCCAAAGAGGCAUGGCCUUGGCCAUGGACAUCAGCAUAAAUUAGUUCAUCUUAAACCCCAAAGGGAAGAUGGCUUUGACCACAGACAUCUAGUGGAACAUGGUCAUAAGCAUGGUCAUGGUCAUGGUAAACACAAAAAUAAAGACAAAAACAAAGGAAAGCACACUGACCAGAGAACAGAGCCUUUGGCAAGCUCUUCUGAAGACAGUAGUACUAUAUCCUUCACACAGGCACAGGGAAGGACCACCUCUAGCCCUCCCCUAGCUCAGCCAAGUGUAAUGAUUACCUCUUCUGACUUUCAGGACUCAGAUUUAAUUGAUGAUAUGGUGGUUACCCCACCACCAUAUGCCACUGAGAACGAUGAUGAUUUCAUCCCUGAUAUCCAUGUACAACCAGAUAGCCUUUCAUUUAAGCUGAUAUCUGACUUUCCAGAAGCAACAUCCCACAAAUGUCCUGGACGCCCAUGGAAGCCAGCUCACAGUAGAAAAGAUCCAGACCCAGAAGGGGAAAAGUACUCUGAGUUUGAUCUUGCUGAUGCUCUUUCUUAACUUACACAGCCCACUAGCUCAGAGAGUCAGAGAAAGCACCCAGCUCACCUUCCUCCUCCACCGUCAUCCCAGAAGCCUCUCCUUGUCUCAAAUAAGUCUCCUCCAACUCCGUGUCCCUCCCCUCUACUUCUUCUGCAACUAUCUGUCCUUCUGACUCCCUCGUACUUUCUAUGAUUUUUUUCAAAAUAACCUUAUCUUCACUUCCUGUCAACUAGUUGCUUGCUCCACCUUUUGACCUUUGAUUGAUUUUAUUUAAUCCUGCUUGCAAUAUUCAAACAGAAAGAUCUUGGAUUAAAAGGUGUGCCCUAUGGCUGAGCCACACCACAACUAGAAACAGGUUUUUCCAGUAAAUAAUGCAACCUCAUGGUUCACAGUGAGAUCAAAUAUCCUGCAAAAAUAUGACUUUUUGUACCCACUGGUGAGUCCACCAGGCUCCAUUGGACAGUUCCAUACCCAUGGCCACUGAGAUACUCUAGUGGUCACUAAACAAACAAACAAACAA